GUAUAGUCCUGUCAUUGCAUUUCCCAACGGCGUCAUCCCCAUCCCUCAACAACCCACCCAUUCUCAUCUCUUAUCAACAUGAAUGCCGUCGACGCAUCCGAUCACUUUGAUAAACCCUCACAAGAACAAUCCCCAUCCCUCUUGUCCAUCAUCCUUGACACCAACCCAGCAGCAUGGUCGCUCCUCUCUCCCACCCUCUCAUUCUCCAGUGCCAUCGCCAACCUUCUCGUCUUCAUCAACGCCCACCUCGCCGCCAACUACACCAACAAAGUCGCCGUCAUUGCCUCCCACUGUGACAAAGCCCAAUGGCUCUAUCCUUCCCCGACCGAACAGAAGCUCCCAGACUCUCAUCCAUCUCGUCUUUCCCAAAAGCAUCAACCCGACCAGACUCAACCUCAACAUGAACCAACCAAACGUCUCAACCUCAACCUCAAACCCCCUUCAUCCACCUCCUCUUCUAACACCACGACCACGACCGCCACCACCACCACCACCACCUCGGACGAAGGCAACAAAUACCGCCCCUUCCGCCUUGUCGAGGAAGAAUUCCUCCAUAACCUCACCAUCCUCCUCUCCACCACAACCCCAGACUCUGUCUCAUCCAGCACAUCGACCAUGAUCGCCGGCGCCCUCACCCUCGCCCUAAGCCACAUCAACCGCGAAUCCAUCCUACACGCCGAAUCUCUCAUCGGAGCCACAACCAUCACCGCCACCACCACGGACGCGACCAACACCGUCUCCGCGACCACCGAAGCGGGCACCAACACCCUGCAAUCCCGGAUUCUCCUGAUCUCCGCCUCACCCUCCACGGACCUUGCGCACCAGUACAUCCCCAUCAUGAACGCCAUUUUCGCCUGUCAGCGUCUGUCCAUACCCAUUGACAUCCUGCAACUCCCGCUCCCUCUUCCCACUACAAAGAAGCAAAAUCUCCAGUCCAAUGAUGGCUCCAAUACCUCCUCCGACUCGACCGUUUUCCUCCAACAAGCCGCCGAUGCGACGCACGGCAUCUUCAUCCCCGCUGAACUACCCACUUCGUCGUCCGGAGCAUCCGCGUCGCAAGCUUUCCUGACUUAUCUGCUCCUCUCAUUCUUGCCAAGUCCGAUGACGCGAAGCAGGCACUUGAUCCUGCCGACGCGCAUUGACGUGGACUUCCGAGCGGCUUGCUUCUGUCAUCGCAAUGUAGUCAGCAUUGGAUUUGUAUGCAGUAUCUGUCUGAGUAUUUUCUGCUCCGUCCCCGAGAAUGGAGACUGUCUCACUUGUGGCACGCACUUGACUGUCGGACAGUACGGGGCCAGGCCGGUGGUUGUGGCGAAGAAGACGAAAAAGAAGCAGGCAGCUGCUGGGAGAUGAGAUGAGCAUGCAACAAAGGGCCGACCCGAGUGGGUAUACGGGAGUCGCAAAUUGGAAUAAUAGGGUAUCAUGAUUGAGCUCUAGGAAUCGGGACGCAUCUAAGGUAUCUCGACCUAGGACAGCGAGCUAAAAAUACGUCCAGC